UCUUCGAGCUCGGAAGUCGACGUCGUUCGUGGAGCCACAAGCAUCAUGCUGUCGUUGUUGGUCGGUCGAUCUGCCAAGCAUGGAGCAUCAGCUGCAAAGCUCGUGCUUCCCCAGAUACGAGGUAGCAUGCUCCACACGCGCCUCGUUGUGCCGUAUGCGGUUCCGCAUUCGCAUGCGUUCUCCACGUCGAGUCAACGUGAGAAAGAGUUGGAGGCCGAAAACGCCAACCUGAAGGCCGAGCUGGAAAAGUUGAAGGCGCAGGCGAAGAAGAAGGGUUUCCUUGCCAUGGUGCAGGAAAACGGUUUGCCGUUUGUUGUGUGGUGGGUAACCCUGUACGGCAGUUGUGGUGUUGGCAUCUACUACGCUCUCGAAGCCGGGUACAUUGGUGGCGGAGAUGCAAUCCACAUGAUCCAGUCACUCGGUCUUGACCAGUACAUCGACACAGAGAAGCUCAAUCCGACGUACGGCAACAUUGCGAUCGCUGUCUUGCUCAACGAAAUCCUUGAGACUGUGCGCUUGCCGUUGUGCAUUGCCACGACCCCCAUGAUCAAGCGAGCGUAUUUGAACGCGACUGGCAAGUCCUCGGUACCAUCGGCAUAAAUACACUGUCUUGAUAUAGCUCCUUCAUGUUUCAGCUUUCGAUGGUUUUUGACACCCCC